AUGCCUUACCGACAUAGUUCUCUCGCGAGAUUCCUCGUGACGCUCUCAGCUAGCAACGUGGUUCUAGCCGCCCUUAACGGGCAUUGUCCGCCUUUAGGACCCGUCCUACCUGCCCCGACAAAUCCAACAGCAAACCAAGCAGUCCAAUCGGCCGUAAAAAAUGUUACGGAUGUCUUUCAAAAUAUCACUGCUGAGCUCGAUUCUACCGGCAUAUCAAUCGCAGUCAAAUCCAUACACGAAGACAAUCCGUUCUUGGAACUCCACCACACGCCUGCCACCCUCAACCCUAACGGCACCACCGUAAUAGACUCGCAGACAGUGUAUCGACUCGGAAGUAUAUCGAAGAUCUUUGCAGUUCUCUCUUUAUUGCAACAGAUCAAUGUUAAUUUUGAUGAUCCUAUUGUGCGAUAUGUUCCUGAGUUACUCCAACUCAAAGGCGAGACGGACGAAGUUGAUGAUAUCACAACUGUUAGAUGGGACGAAGUUACACUUGGCGCACUUGCUUCGCAUAUGAGCGGUAUUGGUGCAGACCUUGUCGCCGACUUAUCUAGUGUUCCAGAAGACUGGACUCAAGUUGGUUUACCCAAGCUGAACGAUGUAUCGGAAACCGGAUGUGCUGGAGUCCUUGGCCUUCCAGCUUGCAAUAGGACCGAAUUCUUUCGAGAUUUUGGCAAACGUCAUCCAGUAUACGCCACAUUCACGAAUCCAGUCUAUUCCAAUGUUGCGAGCGUCAUACUUGGUUUUGCCGUUGAGGCGAUAACAAACAUGACCUAUGAUGGCUAUGUUAAGCAAUCGAUCUUUACCCCUUUAUCCAUGACGAAUUCGACCAUCUUCAACGGCCCAAAGAAGGAUUCAUGGGGUUUCAUUCCGGUGAAUGAAACUUGGUUUGGAAGUAGCUUGGGAUAUGAGGACAUUGCUGGCGGUUUCUAUUCAAACACGGUCGACCUUCUUUCUUUUGGAACCGGUAUCCUCAAGCACACAAUUUUAGACUCAUCCAAGACAAGGAAGUGGAUGAGACCGUUAACAUCUACAUCUUCAUCUGGCCUACUCUUGGGCGGCCCCUGGGAAAUCCUACGAUCCGAGACCGUCACUAAAGACAAGCGUCUCAUUGAGUUCUAUUGCAAAUCUGGCAACCUUAACACCUACAACAACAUGCUAUGCCUUAUCCCGGAUUAUGACCUUGUUAUCACGAUACUAUCCGGUGGACCUCAGUCCAAUGCUGACUUGGUCGAUUCAGCGCUUACAAAGGUUGUUCAGGGUUUACUCCCUGCUAUCGAGGAGGCGGGUAAAGCCGAAGCUAUGCCAAAAUUUGGUGGCACUUACACAGAUGCCACUACGAACUCAACAAUUACUCUUUCCCUCGAUGACGCGCCUGGUUUCUCUGUAUCAAAUUGGAUCGUUCGUGACGUCGACGUCAUUAAGAACUAUGGUAAUUAUGGGGCUUUGUCAAGUGGCCCAAAAAAUCUCCCUGUUUCUGUUCGGUUAUAUCCCACCAAUCUUUCUGCAGGAUGCAAGGUUGCCUGGCGAGCAGUUUUCGAUGUUGGAAGCUUGGAAGACACCGAAAAGGAGGAUGACAGCGCGUUCUGGCCCGACUCGAGCUGCAAUACAUGGGGUUCAAUGGAUAGGCUCACAUACGGCUUCCGGUCGAUGGACGAGUUCGUUUUCUCACUCGCUGAAGACGGGUCAGCUCAGAGUGUAACCCUAAGGACAUUCAGGGUUGAACUAAAGAAAGAAGCUUAA